AUGUUCCCGACUAGAAGCAUGAUCGGAGUGCUGGCGAUGCUCCUGCUCAGCGCUAGACUUGAAGCUUUCUCUGUACGCCCCGCGGUGACUCGAAGAGGGAGCAAGGCAGACAGCAGCAGCAGCAGGAGCGGUAGGGCGUUAGCACCAUCGGCUGUACCGGACCGAGGCACAUCAGCAGCAGCUUCAUGGUUGUGGACGGGCGCGAGCCGGAGGCCGCGGAGCACGGCUCUGCGCAUGGGAUUGGAGACGGUUACGGGCCUGACAUCCACAGACAUGCAGACGCGAGAGUUUCAGUUGGAGGAACUGGAGGACCGAGACGUAGCGGAAACUUCCGUCGUGCUGAACGAGGAUGGCUCCGUCACAGCGGGCAAGACGAACGGCCCGAUACCUAUUCAAGUCAGGGGGAAGUGGUCGUUCGAUGGCACUGCGUUCCGCAUGGACCUACACCGGGAGUUCGACGCUUCUAUCCCGUACAUGGUCUCGCGAGUCAUGACGGGGUACGUCGAGGAGGUCCUGUCGGCCACCGACACGGUCAUCAUCACCGGGGACAUCGUAAUGGAAGAAAUGGAGGUGGGCUUUUUCAAGAUGAUCUCGUCACAGACCGACCUCAUGGACAGCAUCCAACACAUUGACCAGCAAAUGGCUAAAAUCCAGGCAUGAUUGACGUGACGCAACUUCAAAGAGGACGUACUCCAACGAUAGGAUAGUGACUUCCUACACAAGUGGCACGUGGCCAGACAACGACCACCCUUUGGUAACCGGACCGUCCUGACGUACGGGAUCCACGUCGGAUGACGGCUGUGCAAAUUCUAGCCGGAUUGCAGCGGUUUCCGCUCGCGUCGGCUGGUUCGCACCGGAAUGCUCACGUAUGGCGAGGGAUUUAGAUUUGGUUGUGGCUUGUCUGCUGAUCGUAGUGUAGCGCUGCCGACAUUUGGAAGGGGGGGGAGUAUCGAUCUCCUUUCAGGGAGGCCGGUCACAGCUGCUGGAGGUAUCAUCCAGUUUAGAGGAGUUUUUUUUCACCUGAAGACCCUCUCGUGCGGCGUUUUCUCUUGCCGCACUGUUGCUGUAGUGCUCCUGACGCCCUGUGUUUUUCAGUGCUCUGUGUUGGUCCCCAGUGACGAGGAUGCUGCUGCCGCUCAAAAGAGCGCAGGAAAAGUGGUGGGGGUGUUUGCAGCGCACCCCUCUCCGCCACCUCCCCUCUCUUGUCGUAGCCAACAGGCAAAGUAAAGUGUGUUGUGAAGUUCAUCCCGUAUACAUACCCCUCUCUCGCCUCCUCUUGCACGCGAUGGAGAGUGAAAGACUAACACAAGCGUGUACGACGUGUACUCUGGUUGUUUUUUUUGGAGGAGUGAGUACUCUGGUAGCUUUGUUUUGUUUGGAGGAGUGAGGCAGCGGUGUUGCUGGACGUAUAGGCUAAAUAAAGUAGAGAUUUAUUCGCCAACGGUACGGCGGUGCAGUCCACGUAUCGUGUAGCCUUACCGGACACGCGGACGUUUGCGCGCUCGACAUGUUGGGGUAUACGCUGCUUGGCGCAUUGGAUGGUAGUUUCUGUAUUGCUUAGUAAGAGGCUAGCUGGCUGUUCGUUGUUUUUGUCGAGCAACAGGCCAUAUUUUUGCUGUACUCUAUUGAGGUGUUUUCUCUCGUUGGCGUACAGUGCGAGGUUUUGCUCUCUCUCUGGCGCAACCUCUGGCUUCCGAAAAAUACAACUAUGAAACCGGG